GGCGCGCCGCCCGGCGGGUGUGCCCCGCUCAGGGUGCCGGCAAUGCCUGGCUCCCGGGCGGCGCGGGCGGCGGCGGCGCCUCGGCGGCGGCGGCUCCCGAGCUGAGCGGCGGCUCUGGGCUCGCCCGCGCCCUCCCGGUGGCGCUGCCCCGCCUCCGCGCGGGCUCCCGGCCCCCCGGCCCGGCCGGCUGGCGAUGAGGCGCUGCGGCGGCGGCACAAAGGCUCCUCCGGGGCUGCCCGUUGCCUAGCGCGCCCCGGCGCCCCCGGGCCGGCCCCGGCAACCCCGGCACCCCCUCGCUGCCUCCCUCCCCGCCGCGCCGGCCCUCGGCCCCCGCGGCCCUCGCUGGGGGCGGCCCCCGGCCCCCGCCGCCCGGGCCCCCGCGGGAGGAUGUCGGAGGAUCACGAGAUGGACAAGACGAUCAAGGAAACCUCCAUUUUAGAGGAGUACAACAUUAACUGGACGCAGAAGCUGGGAGCUGGGAUCAGUGGUCCUGUUAGAGUCUGCGUGAAAAAAUCCUCUCAAGAACGCUUUGCACUGAAAAUUCUUCUUGAUCGUCCAAAAGCUAGAAAUGAGGUACGUCUGCACAUGAUGUGUGCAACACAUCCAAAUAUUGUUCAAAUUAUUGAAGUUUAUGCUAACAGUGUGCAGUUCCCACAUGAAUCCAGCCCAAGGGCUCGGCUUCUAAUUGUAAUGGAGAUGAUGGAAGGGGGAGAGCUAUUUCACAGAAUCAGCCAGCACCGGCACUUUACUGAGAAGCAAGCAAGCCAAGUAACAAAGCAGAUAGCUUUGGCUUUGCAGCAUUGCCACUCACUAAACAUUGCACAUAGAGACCUCAAGCCUGAGAACCUUCUCUUCAAGGAUAACUCUUUGGAUGCACCUGUUAAAUUAUGUGACUUUGGAUUUGCCAAAAUAGACCAAGGUGACUUGAUGACACCACAGUUCACUCCGUAUUACGUAGCACCUCAGGUAUUGGAGGCACAGAGACGGCAUCAGAAAGAAAAGUCUGGUAUUAUCCCCACCUCUCCAACACCUUACACUUAUAACAAGAGCUGUGACCUGUGGUCCCUGGGUGUCAUUAUUUACGUGAUGCUGUGCGGAUACCCUCCGUUUUACUCCAAACACCACAGUCGGACAAUUCCAAAGGACAUGCGGAAAAAGAUCAUGACAGGAAGCUUUGAAUUUCCGGAGGAAGAGUGGAGCCAGAUCUCAGAAAUGGCAAAAGACAUUGUGCGAAAGCUGCUGAAGGUCAAACCUGAGGAACGGCUGACCAUUGAAGGUGUCCUGGACCAUCCCUGGCUCAACUCCACCGAGGCACUUGAUAACAUCCUACCCUCUGCCCAGCUGAUGAUGGACAAGGCAAUGGUUGCAGGGAUACAACAGGCUCAUGCAGAACAGCUUGCGAACAUGAGAAUCCAAGACCUCAAAGUCAGUCUCAAACCCCUUCACUCUGUCAACAACCCAAUCCUGCGCAAAAGGAAAUUGCUGGGCACUAAGCCAAAGGACGGUGUUUAUAUCCAUGACCCUGAGAAUGGAAGUAACGAUUCCAACGUGGCUCUGGAGAAGCUCAGAGAUGUGAUUGCGCAGUGCAUUCUACCGCAGGCUGGUAAAGGAGAGAAUGAAGAUGAGAAGCUGAAUGAAGUAAUGCAGGAGGCCUGGAAGUAUAAUCGAGAGUGUAAGUUGCUGCGAGACACUCUUCAGAGCUUCAGUUGGAAUGGGAGAGGAUUCACAGAUAAAGUGGAUCGACUAAAACUGGCAGAAAUAGUAAAACAAGUUAUUGAAGAGCAGACAAACUCCCAUGACUCUCAAUAGCUGGAGCUUCUUAAUCUUAUUUUUUUUACCAUUUAAGAUUUAUUCUUUAACUGUAAAAAGUAUUUUUAUGUAAAUUAAUAAAUCAUAAUUAUUUCAUUAAAUUUCCAUACUGCUUGAAAAUGCUGUAUAGUUGUAGAUACAAAAAAAUCAUUGGUACUGUAAUAUUUUUUUAAAACUCAGUUCCUUGAGGUAUAUAUGAUCACUUAUGUACUGUUAAUCAUGAGUCCCCCAGAUGGGGCAAAUUAUAUUGUUAAAGACCUUUUUUUUUCUUAAUAACCAGUUGCAGAAGCUGCCUUCCAUCUGCUAUACAUACAGCCAGCUACAAUGACUAUGUAUGUGAAUGAGACAGCCACAGUUUCUCAACACCCUGCUCAGUAAGUACUUGAAGCAAGUGCUGUGAAACACAAACUUCAUAGCUGCCCUUUGUACCUAAAUUCUGAGUCUUUUUGUAGAGGCAACAAAAUAACCUUCUGUUUCACUAGAUGACCCCAGAGCUACACUUGGCCUUGCCAAGAGCACCUGAGUCCAUAUGCUUGCUGUAUUUUCAGUUCCGAUCAUAGCCCACUGUCUUCUGUAAUCCAUCGUCCUCUGACCUUCUUCAAGGCUGAAUGGCCAUUCAGCAUAAGACUCCUUUUUAUCGUAUUGUUCAAUAGCAGAAUAGAAGAAUGCCCUAGUUACUUAUACACAAGUUAUUUUUAUUUUCAUGGUGGGAUCUUCUACAGACAACAAUACACGUGGGGUUCCUUUGCUUCAUCCCCAGAUGAGAAGUUGUGUUCCACCGACAUACACUAUUCUUUCAUUUCUAGAAGAUCCAACACUUGGUUUCAAACUCGACCUCUUGGUUGAAAGAGAUCAUCCUGGCAAGGGUCAUAGUGCUGCUGUGUGAAUCCACCGGUGAUCCUUCUCUUGUGUCACUCUGGAGUCCAAGCUUCCCACGUCUUUGAUGCCUUUGAGCUCCCCCUGGGGAGUGAAAAAUGUAGGGCUGCUCCUUGACACAUGUCCUUAUGCUGCCUGGACCUUGAGGCUGCCCAGCGCAGAUUCUCACACUAGUCUGAAAUAUUGGCUCCAAAAGCUGCUUUUUUAUUUUAAUUAAACAAAUGAAAAGAAUCUGUACAUAUUUCUAGUUUUCUACCUUCUGACACUUCUUUCUUUUGAGACUGGUCGAAGGCUUUUUAUAGAGAUAUUUUGGUACUAAACCUGUGCAGACGUUGAAUGAGUUUGGUCUGCAGACUGAAGUGCCAAUUCAGGGCUAUUAGUAAUGACUCUUGAACAUUAUUGUUAUAUUUCAUAGCUCGUUAAUUUGGGGUUUACAUUUACAAACCUGAGCCAUGAAUCUCCCAAUUUACUCAUAUGGCAGUGCAGCCUUGUUCUUUUUUGUCUUUUUUUCUAUAACAGACUUCCUUGUAACUUUAGCUUGGAUGGCAAACCAGUGUCUGACUCUUUCUAUAAAAUUUUGUAAACAGUAACUUAGUUUUUCUACAUGAAGGAGAUACUUCUUUUCCCAUUCUUUGUCAGCACCUUGUCAGUUUUCUUUUAAUUCUGUUAACAGUUUUCCAAUGCCUGAUUAUUAAGUGGUAAGAACCACAGUCCCUACUUAACCAUCACUUUCUCUGAUGGAAACAGGGAGUUUUUGCAUAAGCCAGAAUUGUACCUCUAACACUACAUGGAAUAUUUGUGCACUGACAUGUAUCGAUGACGACAGUAGUGAACGAUCAAGAAUAGAACGCCCCUUUCCUUACUAGAAACAUAAUUCUGGGUGGAAAGUGAACUUGGUCUCCUAGCUCUUCUACCCUACAGAACAGUACAGCUUGAAAAGAGCUUCCAAGUCCUUGGUCUGCAGGACAGAAUUAAUGUGGGGAAUUGAACUGCCAUCUUCCUCAAAAGAGAUGAUUUCAGAUUAGGGUGUCUGUACAGGACAAUAUGAGACAUGAGCAUUUGUCAUUUCUUGGUAGUAUCAGCAAGUUUGCAGGCCUUAUGCUUUUCUAUCCUUGCCCUAAAUUCUCGAUCAUGUCAACAUCCACACAAUCUUUACAUGUUACCAUUUUCUUUUAACUUGAAAUCAGUGUCUUUUCUGGGACAUCUCAUUGUAUUGGAACUUUUAAGAAUGCAAAUAGAGAAAUAAGCAAGGAAAUCACCUUUGUUCGAGCGCAGAAAAUUCUCCACAAAAGCACUUUGGAACUGUACCCACCAAGGAGGAGAAUACUCUGGCAGUAUCUUGGGAGCCAGAACUUCUGGAUCAGAUGGAUCAGACUGUAGCUACUCUCAUUGUUAACGCACAGUGCAGUCAGACUACUGCUGUGCCACUGUCUGAUGUGGUCCAAGCAGCUUGUGAGCGAUGUGGUGUGUAACACCCGGCACCUAUUUGCUCUGGCAGGUUGCUGUAGUGUUAAAGAUGACAGCAGCAAGGCUCGCACGCUGCUGUGUGGUGAUCUCUAGGAAACGGCUGCAGCCUGUUUCCGCAGUGCCAAGCAUGUCCCCGGUGUGGCGGGGAGCACCUUGCAGCGUGAUGGCAACUGCUGCUCGCUGACGUCUAAGGCAGCUUGGAAACAGGCAGCGAAGAUUGGAACCGACUGUGCAUUAGAGAGUCCCUCCUCUCUUCAUGCUCUCUUUAACUUGCACAACAGAAUCGUUUCAAGCUGUUACUAAUAGUGAGAUGGGUACAUUUGUGAUUGACCACAAACUGUUUUGGUGUCUGGAGAGAGACGUCAAAUUUCUGAGGGUUUUUGCGAUGAGGAACUGCUUUUUAUGGGUUUACUAUUGAUUUUAUUGUCUGUGAUAAGUGAAAAUGGCCUGAUCUAAGAUGGAGGCAGGGAGGGACAGAUUAAGAAAAGACAAUUUGAAGAUUCAAGGUCAAAUGGUUUUAUUUAUAUGAGAAAGUUGAUCAUAAUAACUUCACUCUUUAAAAUGUUAAGUUAGAUUUUAGAUUUCAAAAUUAAACACACUCUAAUGGACCUCAUUUACCUAUUUUAAAGUUAUAUUUUACUUUCUCCUCCCUGUGUUUGGUAUUUUUCAGUUGACGUAAUCAAGACAAGAUACCUUGCAUUAUGUAAUGUUCUACUUGGUAAUAAAUCUACUGAUCCUUUAUAGCAGACUGUGAAUAUUGUAAAUAUCUUGAGAUGGAAGGGUCAUGUGGGAUCAAAGAAGAAAUUCUUUGUAAAAACACUAAAAGAAUAUGGGAAAACUAUGUAGUUUUUUCCUUUUUUUAGAAUUUUAUUUAAGAGAAAAAUAUCUGAAAUCAUUUGACCUUUUCAAAAUUUUAUGUAUAUCUGACUUCUCCUGUGACUUGAUUAUUUUCAGCUAUAUACAUUAAAAAAGAAAAUAUAGAAGAACUUGACUAGGAGGAAGAAUUUUUGAUUGGAAAUAGCAACAUGUCAAAGUUUUGCUGUCAGCACUUCAGGUUUUUCUUUUGGAAAUCUGAGUCUGUCCUCAUCUGCCAUGUUUAACUUCUGUGUAUUAAAAUGUUUUCAUUUCUCCUUUUCAGUGUUAACUGUAAUAUGUUAGUUUAUUUUGGAUCAGUAUUAUAAUGUAAAUAUUAUGCAUCAGUGUAUAUAAAUGAUUUUACUAAACUUAA